CAUUGUAGAGUUUGAACCAAUCACCUUCUUCAAAUCAUUCAGCGGGAGAACCCAAACAGAUUAUAGAGGAAGAAAAGACAUGACAAAUUUAUCUUUUCGGGAAUUUACAUUUCGUGGCGUUUAAUGUUAUCAUCUAACUUGUAGUUCAUCCGGGAUAUAGAUUAGUGCGGGUUGCCAGUAGCAGAAUGCGACGCUCAGGAGCUCCCAGCCAGCUCUUCGGUAAUGCUGUGAAAAAGCCCCGGUUUAUGCCACCUGGAGUAUCUACUUCGUGUCUUCUGCCUGAAUCCAAGCCCCUUUCCCCUAAACUUGGUUUAGGCAAUGCACUGGAAAAGGUCCAGAAAAGUCUAGCAGCACCAGCUCAGAGUAAAACAGAGUAUGAUGUCCAGUUCAAAGCUGCCCAGCCUGCUCCAGCCUUGUCAAGGGCUCUGGCUCGUGUUCUUAGUGCAGCGGAAAGUAAGGAAAAUGAGGCUGAAAGAGAACAUGCUAACACCGGCUUGGCUGAGAACACAGAAGACAACAGACCAGCAGGAGUGAAUGGGUCUGGGUCUUAUCAAACCCCCCAGCCUCGUGUGGGGUCAGUCUGUGUUUCUGGAGUUGCGGGCUCAGACUCUGGCUGCAGUCAGGAUGGAGUACGUUACUUCAGUGUGAUGUGGUGUAAAGCCAGUAAGAAGAAACACAAGCGCUGGGAGGGCGAUGCGGUCCUGGUUACAAGAGGACGCACAGCCACACUGAAAGAUAUGGAGAGCAAGGACAUUGGAAAGGGUAGUGGCUACAAAGUGUCUGAGCUGGCCUCCCUGUCCGAGGGAGAGAGCCUGAUGGUCGGAGGGAAGGAGGUGGAGGUGAUGGGGGUCAUUUCUGCUGAGGACUUUGCCAGGGGACGUUGUUUCCAAGAGGUCCAGGUAGAGAAAGAGGAGCCACUCACAAAGUCAGCUCCACCUCCCUGUCGUCGCUUGACAUCCAAACCUUUCUGCUCCCCAACACUGUUGGGCAGUGCAGACCAUUCAGGAUCCAAACCAGAGGAGGAACAAACCUGCAGACCUCGUUAUGACCCACUGGCUCCAGGUGCACUUGUGAUGCCUCGUCCUUCUGCUAACCACCAGUGGUCUAAUAACAAGUCAGGGCUUCCUGUGGUUGAUGUUGUUGUUGACCCGUACCUGACUGUUAAGCUGCGACCGCACCAGAGAGACGGUCUUCUCUUUCUCUAUGAGUGUGUCAUAGGCUUAAGAGCUAUGGGUCGCUAUGGGGCUAUCCUGGCUGACGAGAUGGGUCUGGGGAAGACCCUGCAGAGCGUGGCACUGUCCUGGACGUUACUUAAACAAGGACCUUACGGUGGAAAACCAGUUGCUAAGCGUGUCCUUGUGGUCACUCCAGGCAGCCUGGUGCACAACUGGAGUGCAGAGUUUAACAAGUGGCUGGGCCGGGAGAGGAUCAGCGUUUUUGCUUUGGAUCAGGACCACAGGAUAGAGCAGUUUGUGUUAUCCCCUCUGCACAGCGUUCUUGUGAUCAGCUAUGAAAUGCUGCUGCGCUGCCUGGAGCAGGUACAAAAAGUGGAGUUUGGUCUUAUAAUUUGCGAUGAGGGCCACAGGUUAAAGAACAGCAGCAUCAAAACGUCCUCAGCCAUCAGCAGCCUGAGUUGUAAUCGCAGAGUCAUACUAACAGGUACCCCAGUACAGAACGACCUACAGGAGUUCUAUGCUAUAAUAGACUUUGUUAACCCGGGGAUUCUUGGGUCAUCCACUGCAUAUAAGAAAGUAUAUGAGGAGCCGAUUCUACGCUCCAGACAGCCCUCCUGCACAGAGGAGGAGAGAGUUUUGGGAGAGGAGCGGGCAGCAGAGCUCUGCCUGACUGGCAUGUUCAUCCUGAGACGGACACAGGAGAUCAUCAACCGCUACCUGCCUCCCCGUCUCGACUGGACGUUGUUCUGCAAGCCGUCCCCUCUGCAGCGAGAGCUGUACAAGCAUCUACUCUGCCACAGAGUCUUCAGAGCUUGCCUUCAGGGCUCCACACAAACUCACACACACCUGGCCUGCAUCACUGCACUGAAGAAGCUCUGUAACCACCCCGGUCUGCUCCAUGGCACUGCCAAGGAAAAAGCAGGCUGUGGUUCACUGGAGAACUCUUUAUAUGAGGGCCUGGUUGAGCUCUUCCCAGAAUCUUACUCUUCAGGUGGAUUCAACACCGCCGAUUCUGGAAAACUGAUGGUUCUGUCGGACUUGCUAACCUCUAUCAGGCAACUCAGCCCUUCAGACAGGGUGGUUGUAGUGUCCAACUAUACUCAGACACUUGACUUGCUCCAAGACUUGUGUAUACACAUGGGCUACAGCUUCUGCCGACUUGACGGACAAACCCCCACCAGCCAGAGACAGCGUCUGGUUGACACUUUUAACAGUCCCUACUCCCAGGACUUUUUGUUUCUGCUAAGCUCUAAAGCAGGUGGUGUGGGGCUAAAUCUGGUGGGUGCUUCCCACCUGGUGCUGUAUGAUAUUGACUGGAACCCUGCCAAUGACAUUCAGGCCAUGGCUCGAGUGUGGAGAGAUGGACAGAAGAAGACUGUGCACAUCUAUCGUCUUCUCACUGCAGGCACUAUUGAGGAGCGUAUAUUUCAGAGACAGGUGUCCAAACAGGGGCUUUCUGGGACAGUGGUUGACCUUGGCAAAAAGGUGGAACACACUAGCUUCUCCACCAGUGAACUGCGAGAUCUUUUUAGCCUGACAGACACGCUCUCUCUAACACACGACCUGCUGAACUGCGGCUGCAACAUGGACGGCUCAGUCCAGGCUGUUGUAGAGGACGACGAGCAGGUUUCUGAAAGGCCGUGCCAGCUAGGUCGUCAAGGUGACCGUGGAGGGGUGCAGCAGAAGCAUCUCAGCAUGUCCGAGCUGAUGCAGUGGAGACAUUUCUCUGGUGACACACACACCUUCUCAGAUCCUUACCUCGAUCACUCACGAAACCACAUCACCUUCGCCUUUCAGACCACAAUGUCUCACACAGCUCUGUAAACAAACACACGCUAAAUUACACUGAAGAUGACGCUCACACACACACACACACAGACUUGUUACAACAUUUGACUAAACACUCAACAGUGCUGCCAACAACCGCAAUAAGCGACAUUUGUAAGAUUCUAUGUCUUGUCUUUGUUUUCUUUAUUUAUUCAAAGAAAUUUACUGUUAACUUCAUCAAAUCAAAUCAAUUUCAAAAUAAAUGUGUCAUAGGCUUUUAAGGAGGUGAACAUUUGUUUGUCACUAAAAAAAUUCUUUGUGGAGAAAGCACAGCAUUUUGGUGCAUGUCUGAAUGAGGCAGAUUGGAAGUGUUUGUGUGCCAGGCAUGUUUUAUAUCCACACACUGUAGAUAAGAAUACAAGUAAGGUGCUCCUGUGUCCAUCUAGAGUAACAUCUACUGUGUAAAUUAGAGGAUUUAUGUUGUACCGAGACAUGUUUAGGUGACACAGACCCUGGGUGGUAUGGAAAGAAUGUGUGUAUAACCAUCCAUUGAAAAUAAUCUAGUUCAUGGCUAUCUGUGCAGUGAGUAUGUCAUCUGGAACUGAAUCAUCUGAAGAAUGAAGGGCAAAACAGUCUUUAA